CACAGGAGGUCCAGGUCCGGUUCAUACUUCGCGGGCUCCCGGUUCAUGUGGCCGCAGCGGACACGUCAGCAGAGGGAGAUCAGCACCCUGGACAGCGGCGGCUGUCAACAACAAGCAGCCAGAGCUCCGGCCAACCCUGCCCAGCUGCACCGGGACGACUGGGAGCACAGGGGCACGCACAUCACCCGUCGGAGGGCGGAUGGAUGACCAGAUUUAAAAAAAUAAAAAAAUAUCCCGACUUGUUUACAGGAUGAUAGGGUUGUUGUUUUUUUUCUCUCCUCCUUCUCUUCUCCCUAUUCCGGAAGUAGCUGCUGCGUUGGUUCAAUCUCCAAGCCGACCAUUUCGAGGAGGAAAAUCAGCGCCAGCAGUAUCAUCACCACCAUCUAUCUGAUCCAAUAAUCAAUGCCAUUUACUGCUGUGUAAUUGCUCUCGGAUGCGAAGACAUCUCCAUGCGUCGUUCCCUUUCUUUCUCUCGAAUAAGAACAUUCCCAGGGUGCCUUUAUAAUUCUGCCUCUCUCUCUUUUUUGGGGGGGGGGGGGCGAGCGCUUGCAAUGAAAUGCUGAUGGACAUCGAGGCGAAGAUGGGAAACACGGGGCUUUCGGGUGUUUUGUGUGUUGCCGUGUUUCCAGCUAAAGGCGCCUAAAGGGAAGAAAAAAAUGACAAGGAUUGUGUUUUUGAUCUCGACGUGGAUUGUCGGGGUGAAUGGCUCGGAUUGUUCGUGGAUCAACCAGAGGCUUUACAAAAAGGAGAUGAAAUAGAGGGAGAGAAAGAGAGAGCGAGAGAGAGAGAGAGGGGGGAGAGAGAAGAAGAAAAAUGGACCACGAUCUGACGCUUGGGAUGCUACAGUGAGGGACAGUAAAAAACCAAAACUAAACCACAGCCUAUUAUAAUCAACCAAAAUCAAACUUCCAUUCCAUCUUUCAUUUCCCUUUUUUUGGAUUAUGAUUCUUGACAAGAGUCCCAGGUGCGACUGUGUGGAUGGCAUGUCGUUGUGUUUUACAUCCCAUCUUCUAUUCCCCGGCUCUGGGCUGCUCUCUCUUCCACUCGUCCACUCUCUCGCAGUCUUCUGCUUUGGGUAGCAAAAACAUGUAGGCUAUUUCUUUUUUUGGUUGUUGCUGCAAGCCCAGCUAGUGCAUCUGAAAAAAAAAGAAAAAAGGAAGAAGCUGUCUUUGAAGGAAAAUGGACCGUGGAAAUCAAAGCCUGUGCAAGUUGUAGUGUUUUUUCUUUUUCUUUUUCGUUUUUUUCUGUUUGUUUCUGGGGUGCGGUGGAAGAUGCAUCCAUAGACAGCGUUUGCUGAGGUGUUUGAAGGAUGCAUGUUGAAAGAGCGUGUCGGCCAGCUGAAAGAGAAAAUCGUUCAUCCGCAUUGGCUUAGACACACAUGCCAUCAGUGGGGCGAGAGCCUUUUUAUUUCUCUGGAUUUCCAAUUAACAGGCUGGCUGUGGCAUUAAUGAAAAUCUACAAUAAGAAUGAGCACAUCGGGUGUGUGAAUAAUAACGACAUAACGACAAAAAAAACCAUCGUAAUAACAAUAAUAGGGAGGGAGAGGAGACACAAAAAAACACUUCAUUCAUUUAUUUCGGUCUGGCGGAUUCUUUAUGUAGCCCAACAUGUUCAAGUAUCGGAUCCGCAUGUUUUUUAAUGAACUGAAAGUCCUGGUGUUUAUGCGAUCCGAUUCGAGACAGUCCAGCUCAGACACAGAGAGACGGCCCGCCACCAUGCGAGGUCUGGGGAUGGGCGGCUGCGGUUGGCCUCCCUUCGUCGACUGCCAUUCCCGGGAUGACGAGGAGGAGUACUACGGCAGCGACCCGCGGCCCCGGAGCCUGGCUUUCGAGGACAAGGAGCCCAAGCUGUCGGUGGGACUGGACGCCGUGUCUCUGGCCAGCACCGCCAGCAGCCUGCGGACCCCCCAGUGCCGGAUCUGUUUCCAAGGCCCAGAGCAGGGUGAGCUGUUGAGCCCCUGCCGCUGUGACGGCUCGGUGCGCUGCACCCAUCAGCCCUGCCUCAUCCGCUGGAUCAGCGAGAGGGGAUCCUGGAGCUGCGAGCUCUGCUACUUCAAGUACCAGGUCCUGGCCAUCAGCACCAAGAACCCUCUGCAGUGGCAGGCCAUUUCUCUGACGGUGAUAGAGAAGGUGCAGAUAGCGGCCAUUAUCCUGGGUUCCCUUUUCCUCAUCGCCAGCAUCUCCUGGCUUAUCUGGUCCUCCCUCAGCCCCUCGGCCAAGUGGCAACGCCAGGACCUGCUCUUCCAAAUCUGCUACGGCAUGUACGGCUUCAUGGACAUCGUCUGCAUAGGCCUCAUCAUCCACGAGGGAUCGUCAGUGUAUCGGAUCUUCAAACGAUGGCAGGCCGUCAACCAGCAGUGGAAAGUACUAAACUAUGAGAAAUCAAAGGACCUGGGCGACCCGCUGAGUUCCAGCAGCAAGACGGGGGCCCGCGGCUCUCGGGCCAACCCUCACGGCCUGGCCAGCAGCAGCGGCGGCGGGCGACAGAGCAGGAGGUUAAGAACUAUCCUGAACCACCACUGCGGGUACACCAUCUUGCACAUCCUGAGCCAACUGCGGCCCAACGACCCGCGGAUCAGCGCCGCCUCCAACCGGGAGGUGGUGAUGAGGGUCACCACCGUAUGAGUCGGACCGGGGGCGCGCGCGUGAUGGGAUAGAGCUUCGUCUUUGUGUCCUGGUGUAAACACGAGGACGGACUCGUGGACCUAACGUUAAAAACCACAGACUCGCGUAGGCGACCUGCGAGGAGCCGAGCGACGCCACAUCAACAGACACUGGAGGAUUUCUCCUAUGGUUUCGUACAACAAAAAGAAAGCCAGAUGCUCCCUUUCAAAAAUGAAAGAACGGAUGAAAAGAAGGAUGCAUUAAAAGACAUGACAUGAGAUGUUUGGAGGAGGGGAAAAAAACAAGUGUAAACAGGCUUUAUAACCUAAUCCAAGAUGAAGAGACGUUUUUUUUUUCCAGUUCAAUAUCAGGAUGCACAAAGACAUUUUCCUUUUGCUUUCUCUCUUCUUUGGUUUGAUUUGUAUCUAAUUCUUUUUUUGUUUUUGUUUUUGGUUUGUUUUUCUACUCACUUUGAUUUUGUACGGAUGUAUGAUUUUAGAGGAACUCAUGUAACUCCAUACAUGCCAGGCGUUUCCAGACAACUAUGUAUAAUGAUCUUAAAAUUUCUACAAGAUAACCGAUGCUGGUAAAUAGACCGAAAACUGAAACAAACAAACAGACAAACAAACAUGAGGGAGAAACACAUAGGUGACAACUGAACAAUAAGUCAUUACAAGUAAAAAAAGAAAAAAAUUACAAAAAAGGAGAAAAAAAAGACUUUAAAAAAAAGAAAUCAGUAAGAUUUCAGUGACACUUAACCUUUCUGCAAUAAAGAUAACGUAUGUACAUUUCACAGGGGGUUUUGCAUGGGUAUAUCAUUUUAUUCUUCAUCACAUAACAUAAGCACAUGACAAAUUUGCUCUAUUUCGAAUGGUGCUUGCCAAAAAUAAACACUUUAGAAACAUGUGAUUUCAUUGCACCAACUUUUUGUCAACAUGACAAAUGGCAGUGUGUUACAGCUAUUUCAGCUCAAAUACAGAUUGUUGCUGCUGUGUGCUGAUAUCGGAUUUGAUAAUAAGUAAACUAUUGGAUUAAAAAUGGGGAUCAGAUGAUCUCUUACUACUCAGUC